AUGCUGCGCGGCAGAAAGGACGUCAACGACCCAAACCUUGCCAAGAACGAGGCCGAUUCACCAAGCUCUAAGCAUGUGGAGAGAACAGUCAACGACAAGGGAGAUGCUCGCAUUCGACUGGCCAGACCUUACAUCCUCGCCAUGACUGUGAUUGUUUCGAUCGGUGGUUUCAUCUUUGGAUUUGACACCGGAAUGAUCUCCGGAAUGCUCGAGAUGGAAGACUUCCUAAAACGCUUCCAUGAUCUUGGUGUCCAGCCAGACAAGAACCUCGCCGAUCCUUACGCGUUCAGCAACGUCCGUGCCGGCACCAUCGUUGCGCUCCUAUCCAUCGGUACGCUUCUUGGCGCCUUGCUUUCUGCGCCUGUCGCAGAUACCUUUGGUCGAAAGAUUUGCAUCAUCUUCUGGAAUAUCGUUUUUAUUGUGGGCAUGAUCGUCCAGAUCGCCACUGAGACAGCAUGGUACCAGAUUGCCAUCGGCAGGUUGGUGGCUGGACUCGGCGUAGGCGGUUUAUCCGUCCUCACUCCGAUGUACAUGAGCGAAACUGCCCCACGACAGAUCCGAGGAUCGAUGGUGGCUUCAUAUCAGCUUGCGAUCACAUUCGGAAUCCUCAUCAGCUACAUAAUUAACUUUGGCACCGAGGCCAUCUUAUCUCCUGCGUCGUGGCGGAUCCCAAUCGGCGUUGGUCUCAUCUGGCCGGUGUUGAUGAUCCUCGGCAUCUUCUUCUUCCCGGAAUCCCCCCGCUGGGACUUCCGACACGGCAACACCGAGCGAGCCACGGCGACCGUCGCGCGCUCCUACGGCGUCACGCAGGACCACUGGGAGGUGAAACGCGAACUCCGCGAGAUCCGACUGAAAUUCGAAGCCGAGACCGCCGGCGACAAGAAAUGGCACGAGAUCUUCACCGGGCCACGCAUGGCCUACCGGACCCUCCUCGGCAUCGUCCUCCAGGCCCUGCAACAGCUCACCGGCGCGAAUUUCUUCUUCUACUACGGAACCACCAUCUUCCAAUCCACCGGCCUCAACAACAGCUAUGUCACCUCGAUCAUCCUCGGCGCCGUCAAUUUCGGCAUGACCUUCCCUGGCCUGUAUGUCGUUGAGAAGGCGGGCAGGCGGAAGGCGCUGAUUGCCGGUGCCCUCUGGAUGUUCAUGUGCUUCAUGGUGUUCAGCUCCGUGGGACAUUUCGUCCUGGAUCGGAAUGAUCCUACCGCGACGCCGACGGCGGGGACGACGAUGGUCGUUUUUGCUUGUUUGUUUAUUGCGGGAUAUGCCAUGACGUGGGGCCCAGUCAUCUGGGUCGUUGUCGGCGAGCUUUUCCCGACCCGCUACCGAACCAUGUGCAUGGGCAUCUCCAGCGCAUCGAACUGGAUCUGGAACUUCCUAAUUUCCUUCUUCACCCCAUUCAUCACCUCGGCGAUCGACUUCCGCUACGGCUACAUCUUCGCCGCCUGCUCCUUCGUCGCCGCGCCCAUCGUCUUCUUCUUCCUCGAGGAGCACCAGGGCCGCACCCUCGAGGAGAUCGAUACCAUGUACGUCACGCACGUCCCGCCGAGGAAGAGCUCGAGAUGGGAGCCGCCGAGGGAAGAAGACCUGGUCACCGCGGAGAAGGUCGUGGACGGGAGGGUUGAGGGAGUGAACGUCUAG